AUGAUGAGAACUGGUGUUGCUGCCCUCGGCGCUCUGUCGCUGAUCAACCUCGCCUCUGCUAAGCCUUCUGGUCACCACCGUAAGUCGACUAAUGGGAGUCGAUCCAUUGGCACAACGAUCCUAAUUGUCUAUCAGAAGAAGGACGUCGUCUACGAGACCGACUACUCCUACGUGACCACCCAGCUCCCCAACGUUGUCGUCUUUGUCGACGAGAACGGCGCUCCUUACUCCACCUCCACUGAGGGCCAGGCCUCUGCAACCUCUGCUGCUGCCGCCGUUGUUGCCUCUUCCGCCCCCGUCUACUCUGAGGCCUCUUCGUCCUCCACCGAGAUUUACGUGGCUCCCACUCCCACCACUCUUGCCUCUGUCGUCAAGUCUUCCUCCUCCGAGGCUGCCUCCACCACUCAGGCCCCUGUCUACUCUUCGGCUGCUGCCUACAGCUCCGUUGCUUCCUCCUCCAAGGCCGCUGCUUCAUCCUCCGCUGCCUCCAACGGCAAGGGUCCUCAGGGCUACGGUAUCGUCUACUCUCCUUACACCGACAGCGGUGACUGCAAGAAUCAAGAUGAGGUCAACGCCGACUUCGCCACGAUCAUGUCCUACGCCCAAAGCAGCGGCAACACCUACGACUUCGUCCGUAUCUACGGUACCGAUUGCGACCAGGUCGCCAUGGUCCUCAGCGUUUGCGAGAAGUACGACCUGAAGAUCUUCGCUGGUCUUUACAACAUCUGGUCCGACCUUACUACGGAGCUUGGCCUUCUGACCGACGCCGUCAAGGCUAUCGGCAAUGACUGGUCCAGAUUCAACACCAUCUCCAUCGGUAACGAGGUUGUCAACCAAGGCAAGCUUGCUGCCAGUGCUGUCAAGCCCAUUGUCGACACUGCCAGAGGCGUCCUCACGGCCGCUGGCUACUCUGGCCCCAUCGUCGCCGUCGACACCCUCGUUGCCAUGGUUGCCAACGGCAAGGACCUUUGCGGUGCCUCCGACUACGUUGCCGUCAACUCUCACCCCUUCUUCGACGGUAACGUUGCUGCCGAGGACUCUGGCGAAUGGCUUCUCAAGCAAAUCGAGGAGGUUUCCAGCGUCUGCGAUGGCGCAGAGACCUGGAUCACCGAGACCGGCUGGCCCACUCAGGGUAGCUCCAACGGUGUCGCUGUUCCCAGCGUUCAGAACCAGAAGGCUGCCCUCUCUUCUAUGAAGUCUGCUGUCUCUUCCAACAUCAUCUGGUUCACCGCCUUCAACGACAUGUGGAAGACGAACGACGCCUCCACCUUCAACGCUGAGCAGUACUGGGGUAUGUGCAACUAA